AUCGCUGUGGCAAGUCAGUGCGGAGAGAGCCCCCUCAUUCUGCUCUACUUCAUUCUACCCUGUCAGCCUGCAUCCACCGCUCUGUCGCGAGCCGCAUCGCUGCUUUCGUUCUGUCUUUCCGUCUCUGUGUCCUUCCUCGCGAAGGAUGAGGCGGUUGAAAAACUGAUAUCAAUCGACCACCGCUCUGUACUCCAUCCCCAAGAGCCUCCGGUUGGGGGUAUUUUAAAGCAAAGAAAUACACAUAUUUACUAUUUUUAACCCCUGUUUUGGAAAUAAAUGUGUAAAUGGCUGGAGCACAGCCCGGAGUUCACGCGCUGCAGCUCGAACCCGUCUCCGUUCCGGAGAGUCUGAAGAAAGGCAGCAGGUUCAUGAGAUGGGAUGAUGAUUCCUCGGCAGUGACCCCUGUGACCUUACGCGUUGAUCCACAGGGAUACUUCCUUUAUUGGACGGAUCAGAACAAGGAAACUGAGUUUUUGGACAUCACCUACAUUAAGGAUGCAAGGGCUGGGAAGUCCACCAAAACACCAAAGGAAGCCAAGCUGCGUGAGCUGCUGGACGUGGGGAAUAUGGUUGGGAGGAUAGAGAACCGGUUGCUGACUGUGGUGAGCGGCCCAGACAUGGUCAACAUCACCUACUUGAAUUUCAUGGCCUUCCAGGAGGAAGUGGCAAAGGAGUGGGCGGAGUCUCUGUUCAGUCUGGCCUCUAACCUGCUGGCGCAUAACAUGUCCAGAGAGUCUAGCCUGGAGAAAGCGUACACAAGACUUACACUGCAGCUCAACCCUGAGGGAAGGAUUCCUGUCAAGAACAUCUUGAGGAUGUUCUCGGCUGACAGAAAGCGCGUGGAGACAGCUCUGGAGAGCUGCAGCCUCCCAUCUGGACGGAAUGACUCUGUCCCUUUGGAGAACUUCAGCCCAGAAGUGUACAAAGUCUUCCUCAGCAACAUCUGCCCUCGACCAGAAAUCGACCAGAUCUUCGCAGAGAAUGGUGCCAGUAAGGGGCGUUACCUCAGUGUGGAGCAGAUGACAGACUUCGUCAACAACAAGCAGCGAGACCCGCGACUGAAUGAGAUCCUGUACCCGCCACUGAAGCCAGACCAGACCCAACUGCUCAUUGAUAAAUAUGAGCCAGACAGCGGCGUGGCACAGAGAGGACAAAUUUCUGUGGAGGGGUUUUCCCAGUAUCUGAUUGGUGAGGAGAACGUGGUUAUCCCUCCUGAGAAACUGGAUCAGAGUGAAGACAUGACCUUUCCCCUCUCCCACUACUUCAUCAACUCCUCCCACAACACCUACCUCACAGCGGGACAGCUGGCAGGGAACUCAUCAGUGGAGAUGUACCGGCAGGUUCUGCUGUCGGGCUGUCGCUGCGUGGAGCUGGACUGCUGGAAGGGCCGAACUGCUGAGGAGGAGCCCGUCAUCACGCACGGCUUCACCAUGACCUCUGAGAUCUCCUUCAAGGAAGUCAUUGAGGCCAUUGCUGAAUGCGCUUUCAAAACGUCACCCUUCCCCGUAAUUCUGUCCUUCGAGAACCACGUGGACUCUCCGAAGCAACAAGCCAAGAUGGCCGAAUACUGCAGAUCAAUAUUCGGUGAUGCGCUGUUGAUUGAACCUCUGGAAAAAUACCCUCUGGAAUCGGGUGUGCCCUUGCCCAGCCCCCUGGAGCUGAUGGGUAAGAUCCUCAUUAAAAACAAGAAGAAAUCCGCCAAGCCCUCCGAUGACAGCGCUAAGAAGAAGCUGGCGGAGCAUACCUCCAGCACCGCCAGCGAUCCCUCCGCUCCCUUUGAGCCCUCGUCACCUGGUGCAGGUGAAGUGGAAGCAGAGAGUGAUGAAGAUGAUGAGGAAGACGACGACUGCAAGAAGACCUCGGAUGAGGGGUCAUCCGAGCGCGAAGCUUGUGCCACGGAGGAGAUGUCCACCCUGGUCAAUUACGUUCAACCAGUCAAGUUCCACACCUUUGAGGCCUCCAAAAAAAUAAACCGCAGCUAUCAGAUGUCGUCCUACGUGGAGACCAAGGCUCUGGAGCUGCUCACGAAGUCGCCCGUGGAGUUUGUGGAGUACAACAAGCUCCAGCUCAGUCGAAUCUAUCCCAAAGGCACCAGGGUGGACUCCUCCAACUACAUGCCCCAGGUCUUCUGGAACGCUGGUUGCCAGCUGGUGGCUCUGAACUUCCAAACUAUCGACCUGUCUAUGCAGUUAAACCUGGGCAUGUAUGAGUACAACGGAAAAAGCGGAUACCGGCUCAAGCCCGAGUUCAUGCGCCGGCCAGACAAGAACUUUGACCCCUUCACCGAGAGCACAGUGGAUGGGAUUGUAGCCAAUACACUGUCAGUGAGGAUCAUAUCUGGGCAGUUUCUGACGGAUAAGAAAGUUGGCACAUAUGUGGAAGUUGACAUGUUUGGGUUGCCGGUGGACACCAGACGAAAGGCUUUCAAAACGAAAACCUCACAGGGAAACGCCAUCAACCCAGUGUGGGAUGAGGAGCCGAUCGUCUUCAAAAAGGUCGUUCUGCCCACUUUGGCCUCUCUGAGAAUGGCUGUAUUUGAGGAAGGGGGGAAGUUCAUAGGACAUCGAAUCAUCCCAGUGUCUGCCAUUCGUCCAGGAUAUCAUUACAUUGGCCUCCGGAAUGAAAAGAACCAGUCACUCACACUACCAGCUCUAUUUGUUUAUAUUGAAGUGAAGGACUACGUGCCAGACACCUUUGCAGAUGUGAUCGAGGCCCUGUCCAACCCAAUCAGAUAUGUCAACCUGAUGGAGCAGAGAGCUAAUCAGCUGGCAGCGCUGACUCUGGAAGAAGGAGAAGAAGUCAUCAGCAAAGAUGUGGAGACUGGGGCAGACCUACCAUCUGAACCCACAAAUGACCCCAAACCUGCCCCUUCAGAGAACGGGGUGAGCCACGUCCCCUGCAUCACCCCCAAACCGCAGUCUCAGGUGACUCACCAGCCCCAGCCAACAGGAUCAGUGAAGCCAGCUGUCAAAACAGAAGAUAUCGUGCAGAGCGUUCUCACAGAGGUGGAGGCUCUGUCGAUCGAGGAGCUGAAGAGGCAGAAGGCGUUCGUGAGGGAGCAGAGGAGGCAGUACAAAGAAAUGAAGGAGCUGACUAAAAAGCAGCACAAGCGAACCACGGACAUGAUCAAAGAACACACUGCCAGGUACAAUGACUUCAACAACGACUACCAGCGCAGGAGAUCCACGCUGCAGAAGACUGCCAAAAGAGACGGUAAGAAAAGGAGCGGGUCGUCCAACGUGGAGUCGGGCCCCUCCCCCAGCGAGCAGGAGCUGGCCGCCCUGGACCAGGAGAGCGGGGAGAAGCUGGCCGAGCUGAAGGGGCAGCAGCAGCAGCAGCUCCUGGACCUGCGGCAGGAGCAGUACCACAGCGAGAAGCACCAGAAACGGGAGCACAUCAAACAGCUCAUGGAGAAGCUUACUGUGGUGGCCGAAGAGAGCCAAAAUAACCAGCUGAAGAAAUUAAAGGACAUUUGUGAAAAGGAGAAAAAAGAACUGAAAAAGAAAAUGGACAAGAAAAGACAGGAGAUGAUGACCGAGGCCAAAUCAAAGGAGAAACAUCUGAGUGAGGAAGAGAAGCUGGAGAUCAACAGAUCGUAUGUCAAUGAAGUUGUGCAGUGCAUCAAACGGUUAGAGGAGGCUCAGGCCAAGAGAGAAGAGAGGCUUCUGGAAAAACACAAAGAUGUUCUUCAGCAAAUCGUUGAGGAAAAGCCAAAGCUGCAGACGGAGCUGGACCAGGAAUAUCAGGACAAGCUGGGUCGGUUGCCAGUGGAGAUCCAAGAGUUUGUGCAGGAGGCCACUAGGGGGAAGGCAAGCGAGGAUGAGGAGCCCAGCGGCCCCUCUCUGUGUGAGACACUCCAAAAGCCCAACCACAGGGCCAGCCAAUUGGAGAACGAUAUUGAAAAGCCCAACCACAAGGUCAACCAAUCAGAGAGUGACACAGCAGAAGACACCAUAGAGAAAGCGGCAGACCCGCCGCACUAGACCACCCUGCUGCACCUUGGGCUUGUUUCUGUUUAUUUAACCGAUAUUGUUUUAUUAACGUUUUACAGUUUGUUUUUCUUAUUAAUUUAGGCUACUUGCAGUUUUUCUGGAGCAGGGGUCUUUUACUUAUUAAACUGAGAUCACAGGAAACUACUUGAAUUAUCUGACAGAGAGGAACUGUUUACUUUUUACAUUUCCAUAAUGAUUGAGUAGUAACCAGUGUGGCCCAGUUCAUACUAUUGUUCUUUUUACUAUAUUGGGUCAUAGUGACAUUGUUUGGGUUUAUGUGCAAUACAUGCUAAAACAUUACUUAUGAUAUACUUAAAAUACUUUUGAUAUUGUCAUUGUUCUUUAUUUAGAUAAAUGGAUCUGCUUCUACCACAGCCUUGCUUGAUAAGUUGGUGAUCAUGGACAGCAGGCUAGGUGUGACAGUCUUGGUGAAGCCAGGUUUUUUGCUUAUGUGUGUGUGUGCACAUACAUACAUGUGUGUGUCUGCGUGUGUGCGUAUGUGUGCAUGCCUGUUUCCCCAAGUGAAAAGCUAAGUGAAUUAAUCUUCCAGUGGAGCACUGCAGAUUCACGCCAGCCCCUCCUGUAACACAUUGCUCAUAUGACACUGUAUAUUUGCACUGAACCCACAAGGAUGCCCACUUUGGUCUGCAAGCCCUGCUCUUUGACAUCUUACAUCUUUUAAAAGUAUAUAUUUAUAUGUGUGCUGCUGCUUCUGAUGCUCACUCUGACUUUCUCUGCGUGGUACUCAAAAUCUUAAUUUGCAUUUUCCAGUUUUAAAAAAUACACGGUUUACUCUAUAUGAUCCUAACAGUUAGAAAUCCUUGGUGUUGGGUCUUCUCCAGAUUUAGUGGUUUCUGACAGUGUGAGAUGUGCAUGGGUAAGUACUGUGUGCGUUAGCGUGUGGACACGUGUACAGGUGAACUGUGGAGUCGUAUCUGUGAUGCUGUUGUGUGGAAUGAAGUAGCUUUUGCUUUUAAACGGAACAUAGUUCAUAUACAGCUGAAUUAAUUAACUGAAAUCAUGCAACUGCUGUAUGUUUGUCUUCAGCAAGCUGCAUUGCAGUAAAACAACUUUGUACAUAUAUAUAAAUAAUAACAUUUCUUGAAAUGGUAACAGUGACGGUAAACCUAAAAUGUACAGUCAUAUUUUGCUCCUCUUUUCUCUUUAUACACUUGAAAACUGUAAUGUUUUAUUUAUUUAUUUAUUUAUUUAUUUAUUUAUUUAUUUAUUUAUUUAUUUAUUCUUUGUUAUUUGUUUUGAGAAAUUAAAUGUUAUGACUUGGCUGUCAGUUGCCAGUGGCACACUCUUGGAACUUCAAAUUAGUGACAAAAAAUGUUUUUGGACUGUUAAUGGUGGAGUGUAUUUACUUCAGGUAAUCCUCACAUAAUAAUUGGAAACAGCCCUGAAGCAAAAUAUUCCUCUCCGAUAGUUUCAAUGGGAAGCAAACUCAUUCACUGAAAGCGAAGCACCCACAUGCACAUGUUGGUAACUAUAGUGAUCUGAGAGCAGCUUCAAUUAGAUUAACAGUAGUACCACGAAAAUGCAUUAUAUGGAAUUAAAGUCAAUGACAGCCUUUCCUUUUUAAAUGCGAUGAUGUCAUUAACCCUUACAGUCACGCCAUAGUCUUACCAACUUUUUUCCCUCUCAUCUGACAACAGAUACUUACUGUCUAAUGUUCUGUUGUAGGAUUUUGUUUGAUACCAGGGAAUGCUGUCAAACAAAAGGCAAAUGCACUGACUCAUGUAGAAUACUGGAUUGUUCAGAAGAUAACUCAUAACAGAAUGAUGAGAACAGGCCAUUCAACCCAACAAUGCUUGCCAUUUUCCUGCCACUAAAGUGUACGUAGUGCUUGGUUUACCUGCAAUCUAGGUAGUAUCUAACACUGCAUCAAGCCUGGUCUUGUAAACCCUCUGAGUUACUGCCUCUACUACAUGAUACUUCCUAACAUUUGAGUGUAAAUUACCUUUUGCUAAUUUCCUUUUAUGCCCCUCUACUAACAGAACUCAUCCUGAAGAAUCUCUUGCAGUUAAUAUAGUUAAUCCCUUUGAUGGGGUCUAUUGAACAGACUUAAUGAUAGUGAAGUUACAAAACAGAAAAUAGUUUGUUUACAACUGGAACAAAGCGAGACUUGCACACUUGGUAUGUUGUUCCAAAAAAUGCAGCACAGUUAACUUUUCAGCUAGCAGGCCUUCAUCAAAACAGUCAAUGUCACUGAUUCUGAAGGCUUGCUAGCCAAAACAUUAGCUGUGCUGCCUUAAAGCUUUAUUAUUUUUUGGAACACUAUACUAAGUGUAUGAGUCUUCGUUUGAGUUUUAACACUCUUUUGACUACACCUUAGCUAUCGGGCUAGUGUGUGUGCAUUUCUUCAGACACUACAACAGUCCAUUUACAACCAAUAUAAAUGACAUGUGGUUGUUCACAUAACGUAAUUAUGAGCUGUAUUAUUUGGUUUUGGUAUCUAAUGUGACAAAUCAGUGGUAGUUUUGUCUAACUGACCUUUUUUAGCAUGCAAGGGUCUCAAUUCAUGUGCCCUUUUUUCUUUGACAAAUUUAAAAAAAGGAUUAAAUGUACAAUACUGAUUUUCAAUAAAAUAUCUAAAAGUAAUAAGUAACAAGUACUACCAGUAACAAGAUGAUAUGUAAAAUAAACAUUCACUUUCAAUAAAUUCUGCAGCAGAGUAUUAAUUCACUAUAAACUAUUUAGAGGGUUUUUUAAUAUCAAUUUUAAAGAAAACUGCAGAAUAGCUGACUUGAUUUUUUUGUUGUUGUUUUGAUUUUGUUUUAUUUUUUUCCUUAAGGCAUUAAAAAAUUAUUUGAAAAUUACUUGAAUGAGGUUAAACUAAUUUUGUGAAAAUCAGUUAUUUAAAUGUUCUUAUUGAUGUGACAGUUCUGUGCCUUUAAGAUUUUGCCAUGUUAGAUGUCGAAUGUAAAAUAAAUGCAUUUUUGAGUGAACUGUCAAUGUUUGGAGCCAUCAGUUUUAAUGGACUGUGCAUUUUUUAUGUUUACACUAAACUGAGGUCUGCUUGGGAUUUACCUUUAGCUAAGUUUUAUUUAUCAAAUGCCAUUUUUAUUUAUUCUUUUGGAUAAGUGUUUUUUAAACGUUUAUUUAUAAAUACAGUAUACUAGGUUGGUUAUGUACAUGUUUAUUUCAAGUUGUCAUUGUAUACUUCUGUUGUUUUUUUACACUUCAGAUUACAGCAUUAAAGUUUUAGUGGCCCCUGUAUUGUGAUUGGGUCUUGAAAUUAAUAUGGAUCUUGUAAAAUACAUUUAAAUGUAAGUGGAUAUUGUGAGACUGUGAUUGGUCUUAACUGCUUAUGAUGUAAUAGCUCUCUAAAUAAGUGAUUUGACCUUAAGAAAAAAAAAAUACAUUAACAUAAAUUUUGUAAAAGGAAUAAAAAGUAUUCUAUGCAAUUUUGUGGCAUGAUAACUUCCAUGUUUGAUUUAAUGUGCUUUCAUCAUUAUUCCAAAGGAAAUAAUAAAAUAAAAAUAAAACAUCA